GUGCCGAUGGGAACCUUCCCAAGGUCAAGCAGCUGCUGGCUGAGUGGGCGGACCCGAACACCUCCAACAGUGUGAAAGACGGGCACCCGCCACUGCACGCAGUGCUGCUGCGACCGCAAGGCCUCCAGCCCGUCCACCUCGACAUCGUGAGGGCUCUGGUGGACAUGGAUGCCGACCUGACCCUCACCACCACGAUGCCAGCUGGAGAAACCCGCCGCACCUUCACCCUGGUGCACAGCGCGCUCCACUCGAAGAGUGGCAAGGCGCUGAAGAUCCUGGCGGCUGCCGGUCUCCGGCACGAUGGGAAGCCGCUCAGCGAGGUGCUGGAGGCAGAGGCCCUGCGAAGCGAGGACCCAUCGAUCUGGUCGCUGCUGGCACCUUUGGAGGAGGAGCGGGUGGGCCUGCUGGACGCGUCCUUGGUGUCCUUGCCGGACAUCCUGGCGCUGGGGGCCACUCCUGGUCAGGUCAAGGCCUUGCACCAGAAAGCAGGGCUGGAAACGCCGGAGGAAUUCUUGCAGCAGGUGGUGUUGAAGGGCCUGGGGCCCAAGGAACUGGGAGAGAAGCUCCGAGAGGAGCCCGACUUUCUCAGACCCACCACACUUCCGCUGCCACCCUUCGAUGCCGUGAGAAAGGCACUGCAAGAGGCCCCGGCGGAUCUUCGGAAGGACAGCGACGUGGUCCUGGCCUGCAUCAGUCACGAUGCCGCCUGCUUGGUCGAUGCGCCGGAGGCCCUGCGCUCGGAGCGAUCCUUCCUGCUGGAUGCAGUGCAGCGGCAUCCCCGAGCCCUCGAGUUCGCCGCGGGCUUUCGGGAGGACGCAGAGAGUAGGCCUUCAGCUCUGCACCUCAGCUCGGAGAAGUCUUCCGACGAGACCACAGAACCUACAACUCUGGCAGAUCAAAAGAGGCUUCUGGCACCUGAGACCACUAAGCUCGCGAGGACCGAGCAGCUAGAGGGUGAGUUUUGGAGUUUGGGGAUGUUGUUUGUGCUGGAGUUCGCUGGCGGCCUGCGCAGCGACCGGCAGCUUGCCUUCGAGGCAUGGAUUGCUGUGCAGCACGCACCUUGGGCGCUGGACUUGCUCGAUGCCCAGCUCCAACAGGACCCGGUGUUGGCCUUCCACGCCAUGCAGGCUCAGUUUGCAACGCCGGCUUCCGAGGCCUUGGCGAGAUUUGGCACUCGAGACGUGGACUUCGCCCAGAUGUCCGAGCUGCGCAGCGUCGAGCACGACUCGGAGGUGGGCUGUGCCUGCGCCACGGGAGCGAACUGCGUGGCGGUGGGCUGCGGCGAUGGCAGCAUCCUUCUCCACGACCUCGGUGGGACCGACAAGUCUCCCUCGAAGCUGCUCGGGCACCAGAAGGCUGUGCACUGCCUGUGUCUGCUCUCCGAGGAGGUCCUGGCCAGCGGAUCCGGCGACAACACGGUCCGGGUUUGGAAUCUGCGCAGCAAGGAGGUGCUCCAGGUGCUCAGAGGACACACGAAGACGGUGCUGGGCCUGGCGCGGCUCAGUGACACUCAGCUCGCGAGCGCAAGUGCUGACUGGACCAUCCGCUUGUGGAAUCUCGCGGAGCCAGAAGAAGACGGUCGAGUGCUAGAGUUAGAGGGCCACAGCAACUGGGUGCGCUGCCUGUGCCGGACCUCCGCCGGGAGCCUGGUGAGCGGGAGCGACGACCGGACCCUGCGAGUCUGGGACUCUGACACCGGCGAGGAGCUCCAAAAGCUGCAUGGCCACAGAGACAAUGUCUUCUGCCUUUGCCAGGCCUCUGCCGAGCUCCUGGCCAGUGGCAGCUGCGACAACACCGUGCGCCUCUGGAACCUCACCAGCUGGGUGGCCGUGCGGGUCCUCGAAGGCCUCAAGGGCUAUGUUCUCUCGCUGUGCCUGCUGGCGCCCAACCAAAUUGCAGCUGGCGACGACAACGGCAGACUCCGAGUCUGGUGUGUUGAGAGCGGGGAGCAGAUCCACGACGUCAAGGCUGCCCACAGCAAAGAGAUUGGAGCCUUGACGGUGACGAAGGUGGGUGGAGAGCCCGUGCUGUGCAGCGGCAGCGAUGACUCGACCCUGAAGCUCUGGCAGCUGCAGGUUCGCACCUUUUGCAGUUCCACCUUUGAGCUUUGCCAACUGGUAUCGAUUGAAGACAAGACAAAGGCUGCUUUAGGUGGCAGAGUUGAUGUUUCCGUUGUGAGGUCGAGGCUGGGCUCUGGUGGAGUCAGAUACGCCUCGUCGAACCCAGCCGAGGCCUGGGGCAUCCGCGGCUUCUCGAAGGAUCCCAACGAGCUGCGCAGCGUCAAGCACGACUCGGUGGUGUUCUGCGCCUGCACCACUGGAGCGAACCGCGUGGCGGUGGGCUGCAGCGAUGGCAGCAUCCUUCUCCACGACCUCGGUGGGACCGACGAGUCUGCGUCGAAGCUGCUCGGGCACCAGAGGCGUGUGUGCUGCCUGUGCCUGCUGUCCGAGGAGGUCCUGGCCAGCGGGUCCGGGGACAAGACGAUCCGAAUAUGGAAUCUCCGCAGCAAGGAGGCCCUGCAAGUGCUCAGCGGACACAUGGGCUGGGUGCAGGGCCUGGCACGGCUCAGCGACACUCAGCUCGCGAGCGCCAAUGGUGACAACACCAUCGGCUUGUGGAACCUCGCGGAGCCAGAGGAAGACGGCCGAGUGCUAAAGGGCCACGGCGACUCUGUGAACUGCCUGUGCCGCACCAGCGCCGGGAGCCUGGUGAGCGGGAGCAGCGACCAGACCCUCCGAGUCUGGAGCUCCGACACCGGCGAGGAGCUCCAAAAGCUGCGUGGCCACACAAGUCGGGUCCGCUGCCUCUGCGAGGCCUCUCACGAGCUCCUGGCGAGUGGCAGUGUCGACAACACCGUGCGCCUCUGGAGCCUCACCAGCUGGACGACCGUGCGGGUCCUCGAAGGCCACACGGACAGUGUCUCCUCGCUGUGCCUGUUGGCACCCAACCACCUUGCAGCCGGCGACUGGGGGGGUAGACUCGUCGUCUGGGCGGUGGAGAGCGGCGAGAAGGUCCACGACCUCAAGAGUGCCCACAGCAAAGAGAUUGGAGCCUUGACGGUGACGAAGCUGCGGGGAGAGCCCGUGCUGUGCAGCGGCAGCUUCGACUCGACCCUGAAGCUCUGGCAGCUGCAG